GCGUAGCCAGCCCCUCGCUGAAGUAGGAGUCGAUGUCAAUCGGGAUCGGGUUACCCAUCACGCCCUCGAACCGGGGUCGCGCCCGCAGCUGCAACUCCCAUGACUAACGGCCCAGGACGUGUAGGAGCCGUGAUGGAUGUUCAGGGGGGGAGUAAUGGAAUGAUGAUUUCCAGUGAGGAAGCAGCCGAGCUUAUCCCACUGGAGCAGUAUGUAUCACUAGGAUACCCGAGGCUGGGAAUGAUUAGGAUGAUUCGACCGGAACUCGAGUCCAGAGAUGUCGCCGAAUGGAGGCCUUCGUCGAGCGAAAUGGAGACGGGAGGCCCUACCUUUGUUACAGGGGAAAUCGAUGUCCUCGAGGUUACCCGAGCACUGGAUCAUCGAAUCCCUCUCCCAAUCGGCCACCUACUCUCCAUUUCGGAACAGGCGAACGAACGUAUGAUGCAGCAUUGCAAAGCGAACCGGAAGCGAUUCGCCCUUGCACGUGCAAAAGAUCAGAAGGCGAAGGCGCCGACUUCGGAGGAAAAGGCGGACGCCGCCCCUGACCCCAUCCGAGUCAAAUUGAUACAGAAAGAUGACCACUUUCUUCGGAUCAACCCGAUUCCGUGGAAGUCAGCCGAAUGCGAUAUUGAAGCCUGGGGAGUGGCGUAUAGUGCGAUCAUAGAUUCGGGAGCGGCUGUCCUAGCGAUAUCACUCCGAGUAGUCGAGAGAGCGGGUAGGAAGAAUUAUUUGAUUAUGCUAACCGAGAAGGACCAGCUCGUAUCGGCUGACGAGAAGAAGAUCAAGACAGUAGGGGCAGUGCGUCCAGGUUGUCGGAGGCUUCUCACCCAGGAGCUUACGGUCCCAAUUGCGCAGCUGGCCGACGAUCUUGACGUCAACAUUGUCUCCCAGGUCGAUCCGCGCUUGGUGCCCCACGUCACCUCGCGCACGCUGUCGCCGUAUCUUCAGUGGUCAGCUUGUGUGGAGGGCUUCCCAUCGAGAAUUCUGCCUUCACGGCUGGAUUAUUUGGAUCCGCGCAACAUCGUGGAUCCGGCUUUCUACAGACCGCCGUACGAGGACGAAUUGGAGGAGAUAAUCCGCGAGGAGCUCGCAGAAGAAAGUUCGGAGGAAGAGGAGGAGGGUCUGAACGAAGACGAAGAGGAGCCGGCACAGCAGCAAGAAGGAGACGAAGAAUAGCUCCUGCAAAUGGAGAGCGAGGAGGAAGCAGAAGAAGAAGACAGCGAGCAAGGGAGCGGUGACGACAACGACGAGGAGCACGCCGACAAGGAUCCCCAGCUAGAAAUUGCGCCGGUUGCUGAUCUUCUGAUCAGCAACGAUC